UAUAAGACCACUUCACUUCCUAAAAUCCAACAGACUAUUUUGAGCUUUCCUGACAUGGCUUCCGACCCCCCCUCUCCUUCUUCCACUGAAGCAUUCUCAACCAGAAACUACGAAAACGUCUGCGAACAGAUUCGCAACUCUCUGCUUCACAACCAGCUCAGCCUGCUAAUUCAAGUUCUCGCUGGUCUAAAUGCCCCGAGUCGGGUCGAGUGCGAGAGAAUCAGGCAGCAGUACAAGGAAGUGUACGGGGAGGACCCGGCCCAUUCUCUCCAGACCCUUGGUCGGAUCACGGGCACCGAAAAGCUACCCGAAACGGCGACGAGCGAAGCUCUGGCCAUGGCCCUGCUCAGCCCCUACGAGCGCGACGCCGCCUUGGCCAGGGAGGCGCUCCGGCCGGAUGACUUCAAUUUCAGGGCGCUUGUUGAAAUCUUCACUUGCCGGAAAUCCAGUCACGUUCAGCUCAUACAACGGGCUUAUAAAGCAAAAUUCUCAACGCGUUUAGAUAAUGACAUUUGCUGCAUUGAUUCACCAUCCUUCCAAAAGAUAUUGAUGGCUUUGUCUGCAUCACACAAAGCACAUGAUUGUGAUGUUAGCCAACACACAGCCAAAUGUGAUGCUAUGAGGCUGUACCAAACAGGGGAGGGAAAGUCAGGGGGGGCCAUUGAUGAAGCAGUUGUGCUGGAGAUUUUGAGCAAGAGAAGUGUUCCACAACUGAAGCUCACAUUUUCUUGCUAUAAGCACAUUUAUGGCCACACUUAUACCAGAUCUCUCAAGCAUGGAAGAUUGGGAGAGUUUGAAGAUGCAUUGAUCAUUACAGUGAAGUGCAUAUAUAGCCCCUCAAAGUAUUUCUCACAGGUGAUGCAUGCAUGUCUAAAGGGAAAAAGAGUGGGCAAAGGAGAUUUGGUGAGAAUUAUAGUAACCAGGUCUGAGGUGGACUUGGACAAGAUUCAAAUGGUGUUCAAGGAUAAAUAUGAUUUGGAGUUAAAGGAUGCUAUUUGUGAAAGUAUUCCUCCUGGUGACUACAGAGAAUUUCUAGUUAUGUUGGUUACCAAACCUUCAAAUAGGGUUCGAUAUGCCUCUCUAUGAAUUGUGGGAUGUUGUAUAUGCUUUUAUUGUCAUUAUAUCAUUAUUGUUAAUUAUAAUUAUAAUUAUUGAAAAUGUCAGAAUUAUCAUAGCUCAACAUGUAAAAUUAGUUAUGUUGUUGAUUGAAAUAUGAAAAGACCCUUUUCAUGUAGAGUGCCAAGGUCUCUAUGUGAUUUACCAUGGUAGAGGUUUGAUAUGGUUUGGUCUGAUCUGAUUUUAGAUUGAAAUAAGC